GAGGCGUGCGUCGGUCAAAGGCAGGCGGCUGUCCUCACAGCGUGGGCGCCCCGCACACUCUCAGGGAGGGCGCCGGAUUUGGUGGUCGGCCGGCACGUUAACCCGCUUCGGGCUCCUUCCCCCGACUCGAGGUGCGGUCUGGAGCCCGUGCUGAGCCGCCUGCGGUGAGGGCGGAGAGGAGGCAGGCGCCCGAGGCCUAAAGACCAGGCCGUCGGACCCGGGCCCUGCGACGGGCGGUCGCUGCCGCUUAUCCCCGCGGGCGUCUGGCGGCAGCGCCCCCUGGCGGCCCGCGUGCGUGAGGCGGGGGUGCUCGCCGGACGCCCACCAUGAGCUUGGCAGAGUGUCGGAGCGCCGGCGCUCUGGAGGUGAAGUUCGUGCCCGACGAGGACGUCCUGAGGCACAUCGCUGACGACGCAGGUGUUAAAGUUCAGAAAGGCAAAAGCCAGCUGAUAGUCAAUACGAAGAGAUUUGUAAAGAAGCUUGAGGCUAUCUCAGAUGAUGAAGCUCAGGAGAUCCUGGAGGAGAAGAACUAUGUUGCUGUUUUAGGCUUAUGUGGCGAAGAAUCAAUGACAAAUGGCUCAAGCGUAGGUGGUGGUGAAGUUUACACAUUCCAGACUCCCAAACGCUCCAACAAAAUGGCAGAGCUGGCCUCUGAAUUAGCACAGACACCAGGACAGAGUGUUGUACCUGAUCCCUCUGAGUGCCCUGAGAAGACAGCCAGAACCCCUCAAAGCAGCAAACGUUCAAGUUCAAACCAAGUUCAGCAGAAGACCAAAAAGAAUGAAUUUGUGUCUACCACACCUUACAGGCUCCGAAGGAGACUAGCAGCUCCCGAUGCUCAGUUAGAAAGCGAGAGUGAAUAUUCUGCUUCCUGCUCAGAAGAGGAGGAGGUAGAAGAAGCCCAGAAAGAAGUCAGCACUGUUUUAUCACAUCAGAAGACCCCAGCAAAAACUAAGGCCGUAUCUACGCCUCCUUCUAGAAAAACCCUAACCAAAAAAAAAGACAACAUGAACAACCUCGUAGAGGAAUACUUUGAAGCUCACAGUAGUUCCAAAGUGCUCACUUCGGACCGAACGCUGCAGAAGUUACGGAGGAAACGAUUGAAUCAGCAAACAUUGCAUGACCUUCUGCAAAAAUCUCCCCUUGCCUAUGCUGCUGAAAUUAAAGAGUUAAACCAGCAAUAUGAGUCCCUGUUUUCAAAGUGGAUGCUGCAAUUACACUUGGGUUUUAAUAUCGUGCUUUAUGGACUUGGCUCGAAACAUGAUUUAUUAGAGAAAUUUCGUACAUCUAUGCUCCAGGAUUCUGUUCACCUUGUGGUUAAUGGAUACUUCCCCAGCAUCACUGUGAAAUCUGUUCUCAACUCUAUCACAGAGGAGGUAUUGGACCAUAUAGGAACUUUUCGCAGCCCACUCGAUCAACUUGAAUUCAUCAUGAAAAGAUUUAAAGAAGAUUCAUCUUUAGAGCUCUAUGUCCUCAUUCAUAACCUGGACAGCCAGAUGUUGAGAGGAGAAAGAAGUCAGCAGAUCCUUGCACAGUUAUCCUCUCUGCCUAGCAUUUACCUCAUUGCCUCUAUCGAUCACAUCAAUGCUCCUCUCAUGUGGGAUCAGGCAAAGCAAAGCCUCUACAAUUGGCUUUGGUAUGAAACGACUACAUUUAGUCCUUAUGUAGAAGAAACAUCUUAUGAAAACUCACUGUUAGUACAGCAAUCUGGAUCUUUGGCUUUGAGCUCCCUAACACACGUCUUGCACAGCCUCACUCCCAAUGCCAGGGGAAUAUUCAGACUGCUUGCUCAGUACCAGCUGGAGAACAAGGACAACGCAUCUUACCCAGGCCUCUCUUUCCAAGACUUCUACCAGCAGUGUCGAGAGGCCUUCCUUGUAAACAGUGACCUAACGCUCAGGGCACAGCUGACAGAAUUCAGGGACCACAAGCUCAUUCGGACCAAGAGGGGAGCUGAUGGUGUGGAGUACUUAUUAAUACCCGUAGAUGACAGUACCUUGACUGACUUCUUAGAGAAAGAGGAUGAAGAUGUAUAACGUCUGUCUGUUCCCAAAACAACUACGGCAAUUGCUCUCAAGGGCUGCUGGAGAGGGGCCUAUACCCAGGUCUUUCUCUUCAGCCUCAAAGCUGCUGGACUACUUACUGAAAUGUAUUAACUGUAAUGAACGAUGUUUCUUGUUCAUCUACUUCAGAUAGUUUGGAACGAUAACUUCUUCAAGCAAGCUGUUUCUUGCUCUGAAGUUAGAUUUAUCUGCUUUGUCUCUUAGCUCAGAUGAUGCUCUCUUCAUAUCUACAUAGCCAACUAUACAGUCAGGAAAACUAACUCGGUAGGACUGUGCCUUCUGCUCUUUACCAGACAUAAAGGUUUGGUUGGAGCAGUUCAUGUGAUGUGCAAACCACUGGAUGGUCAGAGCUUUAGUUUGUACCAGUGAUGGAUUUUUUUUUUUUUUUUUUCCUCAACUGAGUGCUUUCUGGCACUCCUUUACCAGCUAGACAAGAUUGGCUUCUGACAUAAGAAGAAGCUAGGAUUUGUAAUGCUAAGAGAUCUAUAUUGACUGCACAAGGAAUAUGAGCGAGUUUGGGAUACUGUGGGUAACUUAUUAAAUUCUGACAGUGGAACUGAAAGACUUUUCUCCAAGAUGGAAUUCUUUUAUAAGAGGAUUUAGGUAACAACUUGAGUCCAUCACAAUUUUGAUUACCUCUUGAUGAGGGUGAGAUGUUCCAGCUUCUUUCAUCUACUUUCCAGUUUAUAAUCCGGAAAUAUGAAGAGGCUGUGAAGUUUAGUUUACUUUAAAAAAUAAUAAUACAAAAAUUGAUUGUUUAUAUGUAUUUUUUUACAUUAAGAAUGUCCAUUAAUUGUGGAGGAGGCCUUAAAUGCCACUUAGCAAGCUCUCCCUUUUUGUAGCCCUUAGAGGUUGGGAGAGUGCUGAAGUUUCACAGGUUUUCUUCACUGUGUUUCUCAGGUAUGUGAAAGUAAGCCCUAGUUUCAUCAACUGUAGUCUGCUAAUCAGACUUCAGGGACUCCAAUGUCUAACUUCGUAGCUGUGUUACAGCUCAAUGUUGUAGUUGUUCAAAUCAAUCAAAUAAAGUUCUUCAUUAAUUUUCAUUAGCUUAUCUCAUCUUCCACAUGUGUUUUUAUGUUAUGGGAAGAUAGAGAUCUUUCUGGAAGUUGUGUAAAAGUCUCAUUUUCAUUAUUAUGUCAAAUAUCUGUGCAAAUCCUUGUGCAGGGGGCAGAAGACUUCAAACUAGUUAAGGAAAGUAUUUCAUAUUUUUUUAAGGUAUCAAAAAUAAUAGCAGUUUGUAUGCCUUGUAAUGCCAUUAUAUAUUUAGAAAAGAACCAAAACAUCACAUGGAAUAAUACUGUUACUCUCAGUGGUAUGCUCCUGGUAUACCCCUUGCUGGCAGAAGCAACAGGACAGAGGUUUACAGCCUGACUUUGAUUUGUAUUGGAAACACGGGAUAUUUACUUAUCCCACUGUCAAAUUGAUUUUCAAAUAUAGGAGUUAUUUAACUUUGCUGAAAUGUGAUAGGAGGGGAUACUGGUACUUGCCAGCAGUGCUCUCCAGCUUCCUUCCCCAGCACAUCUGAGACAACAGGAGAAGGCAACAAGGAAACUUGAGGAAAAUACUUAAAGGAAUGAAGGAGUUAUCCUCCAGGAAGGCGCCAAGGCUGGCUGCCCAGCUAAAGUGCCUCUACACCAACACACACAGCUUGGGAAACAAAGAGGAGGAGUUGGAAGGCACUGUGCUACUAGAAAACCAUGACAUAGCUCCCAUCACUGAAGCCUAGUGGGACGAUUCCCAAGACAGGAGUGUGGCUGUCAACACUUAGAAGUUGUUCAGAAGAAACAAGCAUGGAAGGAGAGAAGGAAGCAUUGCCCUCUACAUCAAGGAAAGAAUAGUGUGAAGAUUUGUCCGAGAAGAAUGGCCACAAGCAAGUGGAAAGUCUAUGCUUAAGUUAGAGACUGGGGCAACAAAGGGAACCUUGUAGUUGGAGUCUGCUACAGGCUGCCUGAUCAUGCAGAGCCUGUUGAUGAAACCUUUUUCUAGCUACAAGAGACAUCACAAUUGCAGGCUCUUAUCCUGCUGGGGGCCUGCAACCAUCCUGACAUCUGCUGGAAAAAUAGCGUGGUAAACUAUUGGCCAUCCAGGUCUUGCACCUGGGUCUUGGCAGCCCCUACUAUCAACAAGCUGGGGGAUGAAAGGAUAGAGCAUAGCCCUUCUGAAAUGGACUUGAGGGUACUGGUGGAUGGUAAACUGGACUUGAGACAGCAAUGUGCCCUCGCAACCCAGAAAGCCAACUGUAUCCUGGGCUGCAGCAAAAGAAGCAUGGUCAGCCCAUCAAGGAAGGUGAUCCUGCCCC